AUGGCAGCGGAGAAGCGGGAGCGGGAGGCCCUGAUCCAGCGCAAGGCCACCCUCUACGGUCGCGCCGUCACCGCCUACGUCGCCGCCUUCCCUGACCUCCUACACGCCCCGCUCACCAUCGUGCGAUGUCCGGCGCGGGUGAACCUGCGGGGCAUGCACAUCGACUCGCACGGAGGCGGGUGCAACGCCCUCGCCAUCCCCAUGGAGACGCUCCUCCUCUUCCACCCCCACCGCGCCGGCACUCCCGAGGAACACACAUUCGUCAUCAAGAACGCCAACCCAGCAUUCCCCGAGGUCGUCAUCGAUUCCACCCGCCUCCAGCGAGACUCUGGGUGGUCGCGGUACCUGGUCGGGGUGCUGGAGGGCCUCACGGAGCAGCACAACCAGGGCCGGCCGCUGCGGGGCUUCUCAGGCCUUAUCACCAGCGACGUGCCCACCGGGGCCGGCAUCAGCUCCUCCCAUUCGCUGGUUCUGGCCUUCAUGAGCGGCUGCCUACUGGCCAACCCCGAAAUCAUCGAGAUGGCCCGGACUGCAGAGGGUAAGGCGGGAGCAGUGACCGGACUCGCCGACCAGGGGCACAUCCUGCACACGUGUUUCUACCAGAACGACCACUCGGCCAUCCGCCCGGCCUACGCCCCCUUCCCUCCCGGCCACGUCGUGGUGGUGGUGGACUCGCUGAAGGCGCGAAACCUGUCGGGCAAGGAGGCCGCCAACUACGCCGUUCCGCGCUUCGCCUACAGCGUCGCGCUGGGCCUCUUCACCGAGGUGAUGCGGCGGGCGGGCUAUGGGGAGGAGCUCGUGCAGCGGAUCGAUCGGCUGUCGCGCAUCUCGCCGGAGGAGCUGGGCGAGCCGGCGGGCACGGCCGCCAUCUACCGCCUCCUCCUCCAGAUCCCCGCUCGCAUCACCACCCACGAACUCGUCACCCAAUUCCCCUCGCUACGCGAGGUGGCGGAGAAGGCGGAGCAGACGUACUUGUGCAAGCUGCGCCCUGAAAUGAAGCCCUCGCACCUCGAGCUCCGAGGUCCGCUACUGUUCGGCAUCGCCGAGUGUGCGCGUGCGCGCGAGUUCUUCCGGCUGCUGCACGUGUGCGCCUCUGCCUCCACGCCGUCGCAACGCGACCAGGCCCUGCUCGAUAUGGGCCGCGUCAUGACCAUCGGUCACAUGGGCGAUUCGCCCAAGUAUGCGGACGAGCACCCGAUCAGCGACGCCUACCUGCAGGGGCUGGUGGACAAGCUCGAGGCCGACCCGGCCGACCCGUCGGCCCAGCUCUACGCCCAGCCGGGCGCCUUCAACGCCAGCGUGCCCGAGAUGGACGAGCUGCAGCGGAUUCUGUGCGCACAUGGCGCCCUCGGCGCAUCCCUCACCGGCGCGGGUAUGGGCGGGGUGGUGGUGGGCAUAGUGCGCGCUGACAGGGUGGCGGCAUUGAAGGCCGCCGUCGAAGCCGAAUACCACGGCCCGCGACGAUCAUCGAACGACGGGGCCGAGGGGGAGGACAACAGCGAUCCGCGCAGGGAGACUUUCUUCGUGUGCGUCCCCAUCUCCGGCGUGGGAGCCCUCGAACUGCCCAGCGAAGACCACUCACCCGAAGAAAGGCCCGCCUGA